AUGUUCACCGAGCUAAAGCGCUACUCGAUUUUGUCUCUUUACACCUGCGCUCUUUUCUUCUCCGUCCCACUUUCUCUUCUCAUCUGGUUCGUUCGUCGUGAGCUCUGUACCGAAACCUCUGUCGCUGGCGAGAAGCAGUCGAAAACAAGAAGAAGCUUAACUCAAUCCACGAAUCGUGCCCAGAUGUCCAGCUCCACAUUGAAUAACAACAUUGCCAUCAAAAAGAUGCACGUUGUCAUUGUUCAUCCGGAGCAGUGGAACGGCGGCUCCGAUCGGUGUACGGUGGCACUGAUCAGACAUUUUGUCUCACAAGGACAUCGUGUCACUUGGCUCACAACCAUGAUAGAUGAAUAUUGGAAAAAUCACACAUUUGACGGAGUUGAAAUCCGCGAAGUCGGCCUAAAACUGCAUCCAGGAGAUUGGUGGUCUCAAAAUGUCGCCCUUGGUUGGCAUAUGGUCUUCAGCAACUUGAACCCAGAUGUUGCUAUCAUUGAUCACUCUGCCAGUUGCGUUCCGAUGAUCAAAUGGCGCUUCCCACAAUGUAAAAUCCUUUUCUACUGCCAUUUCCCACAACAAUUGGUCACUCCGUCCCGUUUCUUCUUGUACAGAUGGUACGCUAAGUUGAUCGGAAUCGUCGAGGAAGAGCUCUUCGGACAAAUUGAUCAGAUUUUCGUGAACAGCAACUUUACAGCCACACAAUUCUGCAAAGUGAUGCCUAAUAUCGAAAAAAGCAAGGUCCGAGUUGUCUACCCACCAUGUGAUAUUGACUUUAUUGUCACCGCGUCCGAAAAACCAGUGAGCAGAGCUGAACGUGCCAAGAACAACGUCUACACCUUCCUCUCAAUGAACAGAUUCUGGCCAGAGAAACGGCUAGAUAUCAUUGUGGAAGCUGCAGCAAUCCUCAAAAGACGAGGAUACACAAAUCUGCACGUUCAGUUGGCCGGAUCAGUGAUGCCACAUAUUCCAGAGAGUAGAAUUUAUUAUGACCUUCUGCAGGAUAUAACCAAGGAGCUCGAUGUCACUGAUAUGGUCACUUUCAUUCCGUCGCCAACGGAUAAGGUUAAAUUCCAACUCUAUCAACAGUGCGAUACAGCUCUAUACACACCGCCAAACGAGCAUUUCGGAAUCGUCCCAAUCGAAGCUCUUGACCAACGGAGGCCGGUUAUCGUUUGUGACAGUGGUGGUCCCGCUGAAACAGUUUUGGAGGAUAUUACUGGAACAAAGAUUGCCAAGCCAUGCGGCGAGCUUUUGGCCGACGCCAUGCUUCACCACAUGAACAAGACCGACUGGCCAGAACUGGAUACAGAGGAGGGAUAUGCUAAACAGGGGGGAGAUGAUGUUUCAAAAAAGAAAAAUAUCUUAGUUAUCGACUCUCGGAUCAGAAUGAUCCAAAUGUAUGGCGGCAGCGUCUUGAAACCGAAUUCUCCACACAUGAUGGGAGAUUUGGCAAUAAACUCCGAGGAGUCCAGUUUGGAACCAGUGGAGACUAUCGUCCAUCAGCCAGUGGCUACAGAAACGUUUGCCAAACCGUACCAGCAGAAAAAUGCAGCACAUAUCAGGCGUGCUCAAGCUUAA